AUGAAACGCACCGCACCUUCUCCAAAACGCCGGGGACUCUUCAGACAUGAGCCACGCCAACUCAAUCCUCAGCUAUCUGGAUUGUGUCCAGAGGCUAUCAACGUCAGCUCUGCCAGUGCCAGAUCUAUGAUUGCAGAUAUCAACUCCGAGCACGCCCAUAGGCACUUGGCUUUCCAAAGCACCAGUGACCAACUCGAGCUUCUGAGGCUUGAGGCCUUGCGUCUCAAAAUAUUGGAGUCCACAACACCCAAGUCUAAUCCAGCAAAUAAGAUGUCUCCUCAACGUGUGACCUCCGUCUCAACUCAAGACUUGAGUUCCAAUGGAGAACCUGGUCCCACCGUCCCAAACUCGACGCGAACCUCAGUGCGAUCCCGUGCUGCAGUCCUGAGCGAGAGUGAGAUCAGCGUCCUUGACCUCGGUCCCAGUCUGCACUCUACCCAUAUUUCAGCUCAAGCCUCUCGCCGCAACUCAUCUUCUACAGAUGCUCCUACUGGAGUCAUCCUCGCCCGUACCACUGCUCCCAACUUUGUCCUGGGCCCUGGAAGUGACAUUUCGGACCAACCAGUUGAGCGCCACUUCAGGAUAGACGAGCUUGAAUCUGAGGCUCUCACUUCUGCUACGGGGUCCGUCAACGAGUUUCCUCUAAACCUACGUCAACGCCGCCAGAACCGACCCAACGCCAAUGUGCCCAACCCCCAGGAGUUGCGAACUCGUCGCGUAAACCGUUCAUCUACCAUCAGUGGGGCCCAUGGUUUGAGAGAUAGAUCUGGCUUCGACCACAGCCCUACUUCCUUCGCUGACGAGCCUGUUCGCCGGAUCUUCUCGCUCUCUGUUCCGCAAUCUCCCCAGUCUCCCUCCCUGCCUCCCCACCCAACUCUACGACGUGCUCAGAGCUCAUUUAAUGGAAUGGACCCGGCCUUUUCGGCUAUGCGCAAUGCAGAGCGGGCGAGACGAAAUGCACGCGACGCUGAAGGCUCACGGGAUGUCGAUCGGGAAUGA